GUUGAGCAGCAAUUCAACUUUCACUUUCGAAAUUUUAGAAAAAAACAUGGAGUCCGUCUGAUGUUUCAUUUUAGAUCAAAUCUUUAGAAAUCAAAGUUAAUAUUAAAUCGUUUCUGUAACGUGAACACGGUUUUGACCGUCGUGUCGGAUCCGUGUCUCCUGCGGUCAAACAGGAUUCCUCCCGUCGGUCCUCCGGGUCUCUGAACCGCAGAAACAAACAUGCUGGGAGAAGCGGAGCCUCAGUGGGUUUCUGAGGAGGUGAAAACUGGAACAACCAUCAUAGCCAUUGAGUUUGAUGGGGGAGUCGUUCUGGGCUCUGAUUCCAGAGUGUCUGCAGGGGCCUCAGUGGUCAACAGGGUGAUGAACAAACUGUCCCCCCUCCAUGAUAAGAUCUACUGUGCUCUGUCAGGAUCUGCAGCAGAUGCUCAGACCAUCGCUGAGAUGGUCAACUACCAGCUCGAUGUCCACAGCUCUUGCGUUGGCCAUGAACCGUGACGGCUCCAGUGGCGGCGUAGCCUACAUGGUCACCAUUGAUGAACACAGCACAGAGGAGAAGGUCGUUCUCGGAAAUGACCUACCGACCUUUUUUGAUCAGUGACUUCAGUUAACUGGACCAUUAACAUUUGAAUAAAAAACAAAAACAAAUC